AUGGCUAGAUUCUCCGAUAAAGUGGCACUUGUUACAGGCUCCUCCAGCGGAAUCGGACGUGCAACUGCUAUUCUCCUCGCGAAACAAGGAUGCAAAGUUACUAUUACUGGAAGAAAUACGGAUCGUCUUGAGAGUACUAAACAAGAGAUUUUGAAAAAGGGAACACCGGAAAGUGAUGUUCUUGUGAUUGCGGCUGAUUUGAAUGUUGAAUCGGAACAGGAUAACCUGAUUGACUCAACAGUUGCGAAGUUCGGAAGACUUGACAUUUUGGUUAAUAGUGCUGGAGGAGCAUUCGUUGAUCCGGAAGGAAAAAUUGGAGUAAAUCAGGGAAUGGAGGUAUUCGACAAGCAUAUGUAUACCAAUUUGAGAGCUAUCGUGAUGAUGACGAAGAAAGCGAUUCCUCAUUUGAUGAAAACGAAGGGAGAAGUUGUGAAUGUUUCUGCUAUGGGAGCCGAUCAUCAUGGCAAUCCUCAUUUCAUAUAUCACUCAAUGCCAAAAGCUGCUCUAAAUCAAUUCACCAGAAGUGCAGCCAUCGAACUCAUUCGGCACGGAGUCCGUGUAAAUUCGGUCAGUCCUGGAUUCACGAACACUGGAUUUGGAACAUCGAUGGGAAUUCCAGAUGAGAUUUGGAGAAAAAUGGUGGAGUUCAUGUCUUCUCAUAAGGAGUGUAUUCCUUAUGGAGCUGUUGCACAACCGGAUCACAUCGCUCAAGUCAUUGCAUUCCUUGCCGAUCGGACCAUGUCAUCUUUUAUCAUUGGACAAUCAAUUGUAGUCGAUGGUGGAUCGUCUCUUCUGAUGGGGAUGGAUGUUCAUGAUGUGACCGGAUUUAUGGCACUCUAA